AUGGAUAAGUUUAUAUUUUAUUUUGCUUUUUUUAUUCUUAUACUUGUUAAAAAAAGUACAUGCUGGUUAGAUGAAGGCCAUUUGUUAGUAAGUGCUAUUGCAUAUCAGGGUUUAGAUGAUGAAGAACGAGCAAUUUUAAAUAAAAUUUUUUCAAAUUUCAAAGAAGAUAAUGAAUUUAAUCAUCCUGUAUCAGCAGCUGUAUGGCCAGAUCACAUAAAAUCAUUUGAUUAUCAAGAUCAUGUUUAUAAUAGAAGAGUAGAUAUAUUAAAUUUAAUGGACAAUUGGCAUUUUUUUAGUAUUCCUUAUAACCCAUUAGGUGUUGAUAUUGAUUUUUAUGGCAAAUGCUAUAAAAAAAGAGAUAAUGCAUUGCAUAUAUUAAAAUCUAUUUUUACUACAUUAAAAAACGUAAAUAGAAAAGAAAAUCAUGGUACAUACUUUUCCUACAACUUUCAUUUACGAUUUUUUAUUCAUAUAUUUGGUGAUGCACAUCAACCAUUACAUACAAUAAGUUUUUAUAAUAAAUAUUUUCCUAAAGGAGAUAAUGGAGGAAAUUUGAUUUCCAUACGAUAUAAUGACAAAGUAGAUAAAUUACACCUUUUAUGUGACAAUCUUUUUUAUUCAAGAUCUAGUAAAUGGCCAAAUAUUUCUCUUAAUGAAAUAUUCAGUAAAGCUGAUGAAUUAAAGAAAAGUUAUCCUCCUUAUUCUUUUGGAAAUAGAUUAGAAACAGAAAUGGAUGAAAUACAAUAUCUUGAUUUCAUAGUAAAUGAUUCUCAUGCUUUAGCAAUUAAAUACAUUUACUGUAAUUUUCAUCAUGAUUCUUUAAAAGAGGAUGUUACCUAUAUUACAAACGAUUUUCUUGUUCUUAAUUUAAAAAAAUUACUAAAUGAGCAAAUUGUUUUAGCAGGCUAUAGAUUAACACGUUACUUAAAGGUUAUAAUUGCUAAUAUUCCAAGAGAUCUUGUUUAA